AUGGCUACCCUCGGUCUCUCCAAAGUCUUCAUAUUGGACAAGUAUUUUACGGAGCUACAGAAGUUCUGGGAGACCGAGAAAAAACUUCAAGAUGCUUCUUCAUCGAAUGAAGCGGUGCACCUACAGCAGCGUUUGCGGAGCCUCAGCACGGAACUGGUGACCCUGAGGAACCGGCUGCACGUAAGCCAACCGGCGAACACAUCAGGGCCGACAGGCGGUACCUCUGGACCCCUCUCGAAGAGUCCGGAAAAAGGUGGACCCACUUCACCUGCACCCGCAGUACCCCCAAGAACCACCCUACCGCCCAGUGGCACAGUAUCUCAUGGAAUCGGUCAUCCUGCGAGUCACACAUUAACAGCUUCCGUAAUUGUUCAUCCGCAUGUCAAUCAUGCUAACGCAAACACGCUCAACCAUAAUUCAACCGCAACAAAUAAUUUAAUAUCUGAUCUAGAUCCUUCGAAACGUCACAAUGGAGUACCUGAUGAUGGGAUAGUAUCCUGUGUAACAGCAUUAGGAUGUCUUCGAUCGCCACCGAUCUCUAGCAUCAUUGCCGAUGUGAAAAACGCAAAAAGCAAUCAAAAUCAGCAUCGAUGUCUUCCAAAAGCUACCGCGUCUUCGCCCGGCCCUGCGACUUCCACGACCUUCGAUGACCUCAUUCAUCUAUCUGGACCUCUCACAGAAGAUGCAGUACUUAAAUGUCUUCAAGCUCGCUUCUGCGCCAAACAGUAUCAUACAAACGUGGGUCCUAUAUUGGUUUGCGUAAAUCCUUAUACAGACGUUGGAAAUCCAUUAACCUUAACGAGCACCAGGUCGGUACCAUUAGCACCUCAGUUGAACAAGGUCGUCCAGGAAGCCGUAAGGCAGCAAUCGGAGACCGGGUAUCCGCAGGCGAUUAUUCUUUCUGGGACAAGCGGUUCCGGAAAAACGUACGCUUCGAUGCUAUUACUUAGGCAACUCUUCGACGUCGCCGGCGGCGGACCGGAAACGGACGCUUUCAAACACCUAGCGGCAGCCUUCACGGUCCUCAGAUCCUUGGGCUCAGCGAAAACCGCCACAAACUCGGAGAGCUCAAGGAUAGGUCACUUCAUUGAGGUUCAGGUGACGGAUGGUGCUUUAUACAGAACAAAAAUUCAUUGUUACUUCUUAGACCAGACAAGGGUAAUCAGACCGUUGUCAGACGAAAAGAAUUACCAUAUAUUUUAUCAGAUGUUGGCUGGAUUAUCUCACGACGAGCGAGUUAAAUUAAAUUUAGAGGGAUAUAAUCUCAAAAAUUUGAGGUAUCUUCAACAUGGCGAUACACGACAAGACGAAGCUGAAGAUGCGAUUCGAUUUCAAGCGUGGAAAGCUUGUUUAGGCGUUUUAGGCAUCCCAUUUUUGGACGUCGUAAGAGUGCUAGCAGCGGUACUCAUCCUCGGAAACGUCGGUUUUACAGAUGGUCCUGGUGUAGAAGUUGGCGUAAUUGGUGAGAACGAAUUAUCCUCUGUAGCUACACUCCUGGGAGUUCCUCCGCCAGCCUUAUUACGAGGGCUCACCUCGAGGACUCACAAUGCGCGCGGCCAGCUCGUUAAAUCCAUCUGCGAUGCCAACAUGUCUAACAUGACCAGGGAUUCGCUCGCAAAAGCCCUUUAUUGCCGCACUGUAGCUACGAUAGUGAGACGAGCCAACAGCUUGAAGAGACUUGGUUCGACUCUCGGCACCCUUUCAUCGGAUUCCAAUGAAUCUGUUCAUAAUCAAGCGGAUGUUACUAGCCAACAUGCCUCUACAAUUGGCAGUUCAGCAGGGGGUACAGGAUCCAGAAGCAUGACUGCCCUGAAUAACGCCGUGCGACACGCCACGGACGGCUUCAUCGGCAUCCUGGACAUGUUCGGGUUUGAAGAUCCUAAACCAAGCCAGCUAGAGCACCUCUGCAUCAAUCUUUGCGCGGAGACGAUGCAGCACUUCUACAACACUCACAUAUUCAAGAGCUCCAUCGAGAGUUGCCGUGACGAAGGCAUCCGGUGCGAUGUCGAAGUCGACUAUGUCGACAACGUGCCAUGCAUUGAUCUCAUUUCUUCCUUGCGUACCGGAUUGCUAAGUAUGUUAGAUGUGGAAGGCUCUAUACACGGGACCGCAGAAAGUUACGUUGCCAAAGUGAAGGUGCAGCAUAAGCAAAAUCCUCGGUUAUUUGAACCAAGGACCGUUGACUGUAGAUCUUUCGGUAUUCAGCAUUUUGCAGGAAGAGUCACCUACGACACUUCAGACUUCUUAGAUACAAAUAAGGAUGUUGUCCCUGAUGACUUAGUAGCGGUCUUCUACAAACACACUUGCAGCUUUGGAUUUGCUACUCACUUGUUUGGUAGUGAAUUGAAAGCAUUAUACGCGAGCGAUACUGUACCUAGAGGUGUUAGUUUUCGAAUAUCACCAACUUCUCACACUGAUCUUUUAAACGGAGACGAGCCAAUAUCAACGUUGACACAGGACUUUCAUACAAGGUUAGAUAAUCUCUUGAGGACUCUUGUCCAUGCUAGACCGCACUUCGUCAGAUGCAUCCGUAGCAAUAGCACCGAGACGCCAAUGCACCUCGACAGGGGAGUUACGAUGCGCCAAAUACGUUCGUUGCAAGUUCUGGAAACAGUAAACCUCAUGGCGGGAGGAUAUCCACAUAGGAUGCGAUUUAAAGCUUUCAAUGCGAGAUAUAGGUUGAUCGCACCUUUCAAACAACUACGUCGCGCCGAGGAGCAGGCUGUCGAGGACACGAAAUUGAUUUUACAAAAUGCGCAGCAGCUAAAGAGUAAGUUUGGCGCUAGCACAAGCUGGGCUGUCGGCAAACGGCAUAUUUUUCUCAGCGAAGGUAUCAGACAGCAGCUCGAAAAUCUGCGGGCGGAAACACGAAGAAAAGCUGCUACAGCAAUUCAGGCUACAUGGAGAGGAUGGCGCGUACGAAAGAGAUGGCCUUUGAGAAGAACAACCGUAGGAAUAACAUGUGGCAUUGGACAGAAGAAACCUCAACAACCACCUACUGGAACCAAUACCGGAACCGUUCAGAGGAAUGUCACUGCUGGUACAGGAACUGGGACUGGCACUCGUCCAAGACCGCAACCAAUCGCUGGUACACCUCCUCCCGAUCCUUCGGAGAAAUGCGCCGAUCAGAAGAUGAUCCAACAAACUUGUACACUUUUUGGAUUGGAUUUAGAACGGCCGCCACCUGUCCCUCCUAGUAGAUCCUACACCGUGACCGGAAACACAAAACUUGGUUAUCCGCAAACCAGGAUUAUGAAAAUGCCUUUUCCAGAAGAGGGCGAAGGUGAAGUAGUCUUGUUGAAAGGAGAAACAGUUUUAGUCGUAGCAAGCAACUAUGGCGAACGCAAUAAAUGUGUCGGGCUUCUGCAAGGCGAUUGCAACGGCAUGCUGGAGAACGAUAGACGGCCGAUUGAAAUGCAAAUAGUAGCGGUCGACGUUAUUUCAGCUCUGAUGGAGGAUACUAAAUAUAAGUCAACCUCGAGUCUUGCUUCACCACGGAACCGCCGCGCCGCCAAGAGGAUAUUUCCAUUUUGUCUGGCUGAGAUCGAUGGCGAUCGUCUCACCAUUCUCGAGUACAAUUCCUAGAAAGUAUUUUGGCAGAACGCGCAGGAUAUUCCAACUUCCGUGAACUCACUCGAGGCGCUUUGACUGUGAGCAGGAGGCGGAGUGACAUAAAUAUCGUCUUACCGAAACGAAACACGUUAUCUCGAGGAAAGUUCUCGCCGGAAGAUCAAGGGAGUAAACUCUUUAAGUCCUUUCCAGGUGUUCCCAACUCCGUGGACUUUAGUACGAUCGUACGAUCGUGAAUUUUUCGGAAAAACGAGAACAAAGCUGACCAUGAGA